AUGGUGCUUCCGGCGCCCACACUGAAUGACCAACAUGGGCAGGAAGUGGAUGAAUCGAGUCUGAGCAAGGGCCGCCUGGAUUGGUUUCUGCAGGUCAUCAAGAGCGCCCCACUGGCGGUGGCAUCUGAGCUUUCGCACCACCGCGCGCUUUUCCCCUUGGCUAUAGCUCAGAUGACCUUGCUGGCUGAUCAGCCUCUGCUCUCCACCAACAUGUCCGCAGUGGCCAACGAAUUCGGCUUUGCCGGGGCGGAGAAGGACGAGAAGCUGGGGGGCAUAGUUAGCGUCGUGUUUUUUGCCUGCGGGGUGGUUUCCUCACUCAUCGUGGGCCGCCUUGCGGAUGUCAUGAAGCGCUCGACCCUGGUCUGCCUUUGCAUGCUGAUUGGCUCCACAGGCACCUUCAGCAACUCCCAAGCCGAAAGCUUCGCUUCUUUGCUCUUCGGACGCGCUGCCGUGGGCGCGGCUGUGGGUGGCCUCAUCCCGACGAGCUUCGCCGUCAUCGGCGACAUGUGCCCGGCAGAGGACAUCGAGAGCUUCGCUUCCCAGCAGCUCGCGGAAGCGGAAGCAUCGGAGGGCUUCGAUGCACUUUCUGAUGGUGUAACCAGUGUAAUGAAACACCUAGGGGUUUUUGGAUGCAUACCCUGGGCCGUCAUUGGCACCUUCCUCACGGACUAUCUGGCUGUGAACGAUGGCAUGGGCGUGGCAGGGGCCACCAGUGUGCUGUUCUGCAUGGGUGUGGGAUUUAUCAUUGGCACCAUUGCUGGAGGCAAGCUAGGCCAGCAUUUGUACAAGAAGGACAAGAAGCUGCAGGCGUGGCUGACAGGUCUCACCAUGUGGGGCGGAAUGCUGCCGCUAUUUAUCCUGUUCUCUACUGACCGGCCGGAUUGGCCUUUCAUGUUUCACAUUCUGGCACUGGUGGGUGUGUUCUUCGCGGCCUUUUCACCCGUGAACCUCAAGGCCGUCCUCUUGAACUCAGUCGCCACCCAAUCCCGUGGCACAGUGAGCCUUGGCUUAACUGCAAUUACCAGAUACUCCUCCUCCUCCUCCUGCUGCUGCUAUUAUUAUUAUUAUUACUACUACUACUACUACUACUACUACUACUAA